AAACAAACGAAGAGGACCUCUUAAACUGUAAUGAUGAUGACAAUGAUUCCUUUGAGAAUAAAACCUGAGCCACCUUGCUCUUAGGCAAUGGUGGGAGAAAGCAAGAAGUCCAUAGUACAAGUUCAAAAGUCUAAUAGAGCCUCGACUUCAUCACGAAGAACUAUGGAGUGUCGAUCUGAAAAACCAUGGCUUAGAUCACAAUCCCAAAAAUCAGAACCUACUCCACCUCUCAGUGAAGAUCCAAAUGCAUCCACUCAGAUUCCUUCAACUAUACUUGAUCGGCUGUCUUCUCCAACUAUUGCUAAUCCGGACACUAACACUACAGCCAAGAAGAAAGGAAGGGGACCUACUACAAAUCCAAAUGCGAAAAAGAGAAAAGAGGGAAAGAAAGGCAAAGUGGAAAUUUCAAAACGCUUGGGUCGAGCUGUGGGCGGUCUUCAGCUGACGGAAUUUAUUACAGAAAUGGGAGUCGUGUUGCGACAAUAUGCACCACUUAAUGUUAACAAAUGGGCUGAAGUACCUAUGCAUUAUAAGGAUAAGAUGUGGGCUGAUUUAAUGGAAAAAUAUGAUGGGCUUGCUGGUUUUAGAGAUGAAGUGAUGUAUAAUUUCAAUCAUAUGUAUAGAGAUUGGAGACAUCGCAAGCAUCUGCAUUAUAAUCAAUUUUUGACAGAUGAAGAUAGGCUUAAAAAUUGUCCAGAUGAUAUAACGGAAUCAGAUUGGGCAUGUUUAGUUGAAUACUUUGGUUCUGAAUCAUUUAAGAGAAUGUCGGCGCGAAAUAAAGCAAAUCGAGCCAAACAAUCAGCUAGCUCAAUCUGUGGAAGAAAAUCAUUCGCUAGUGUUCUAUAUGAUAUGAGGGAUCCAAUAACGGAGGUUGAUCCUGAUUUAACUGAAUACUGGAAGGCUACACAUCAACGAAGAACUGAUAAUACUUGGUGUUCUGAUACGGCUAAAAAUGCUAUGAAACAAUUUGAGGAUGUAAGAAAUUCACAAGAAGAGUUAGGUGAUCCUCCAUUAUCCAUGGAAGAACAUUUAACAAAGGCUUUUGGUGCACGCUCGGGAUAUCUUCGUGGUUUAGGAUGUGGACCUAAGCCACUAAGUAGCAAGAAUUUGGAAGUUAAAGUGUGA